AACACAGAGAAAACCAGUUUGUCUCUGCCUGGGAACUAAGCAAUGUUAAGAAAUUCAGCAUCUACAGACGCAUUGCAGAUAGCCAUGAUUCCCAAGUAUUCCUUGAUGGGACCUUUCAGAGGGCACAUGAGUAUCAAAAGUAGCCCCUUUUCUCCUAGUUCUGCCUGCAAGCUGUCAAGUCAGUACAUCAUCCAAGACCACAUGGCUGUGCAUUACAGAAAACUGCUAUCUGCCAAAGCUGCUGUUGAUUCAUCUGUUCCAAGGAGUUUGAAUACAAGCAUCAAAUACAGGGACCAGCAGAAAAGAGAAAAGCUGAUCAAAGCAGUUGAGAAAUUCAAGAAAGCAAUGAUGCAGAAUCUUUCAACACCCCAAUACAAUUUCAGGAACAUGUCCACAGAGAAUCAUAAAUGGCUACAAGACAGCCUGAAUUUGCCUUCAAGAGGAGGAAUGUCAACCCUGAAAAAAAGAGAGCAUUGGCCUCCUAAAUAUUUCAAGAUGACACUUUCGGGUCCCCAGUCCCCAGUUUUGAAUGCAGAGGAGACAAUUCAAGAUAUUGUCCAAAGGUCUUUAUCUCAGGCUUCAAAUAAUGACAAAAAUACAGUCAAGCAACAUGGUCCACAUGUUUGCUGGGCUCACCCCUCUCUUGUGAGUCACAGCAGGAAGAAGAUAUUUCAAAUCCCUCAGAAGACAGCUCUCAGUGGAGAUCUACUGGACACACAUGCACAGUGCUUUACGGAAACAAAACAGCCAUUUACACCCAAGGUUUUAAAAACAUCAAGUAAAUCUUUCGUUUCAAAAUACAGAUAUUAUAACCAGCCAGCUAAAAAGAAAAGUAUUUCAGUUGUCCCACAACAGCAUAAAAGGCCAACCAAGAUUUGCAGGUCUUUGGAAGAUGAAUCUCUAAGAUCUUAUGCUGAUUACCAUACACAACACCUAGUCAAGAAGCAGCCCCAGAAAUCAGCUUCUCUACAGUCAUUACUUUGCGCAAAAGAAGAAGAACGGAAGUACCUUCAGCUUCUUCAGGAAGUCACAGAAGACAUUUUGGUGAAAAACUGUUACCACAAGAAGGUGUUAGAUGAUAUAUUUCAGAAGCACUACAGAGUCAGAAGGUGUGACCUUAAUGAGGUAAAAAUGCAAAGAAUCUUUCAAGCCCUGAAGCAAGACUUGAACAUCUGCACUCAUUUGCCAGAUCCUUCUGUCAGAAUUUUUACAUUCUGAGAGAAGAUCCCUUCUGCCUGAAUCAUCUAAAUAAACUAAUAAAGUACAUUGAUCAAAGGACUGGAGUUAUUGGACACACAAGAAGCAGCUACAAAUGAACUCACUGCAUUCUGAAUAACCAUUAAUAGAGUUGUUCAAAAUUACAAAAUGUAAAGGUAGCUAAACUUAAUUAAAACUCAUGUUCAAAGCAAUAAAAUUGUCAUUGCUGCGAAAGCUUUUCCCAUCUGUUUUCUUUACUGUGAGUUCAUAAAGCCCAGGUCCAUAUUCAUCAGAGGCAGGGGUGAGAAAAGUAGGGCUGUCUGUGGUCUCACCCACUUUUGGCAGUCUUCAACCCACCCACCCCCACCAUUCCACCUAGCCCUACC